CGGCCGAGGACCGGCCCGGGCACACGCCUGCAAGCGAGCGGGCGCGCGCCAUGGAACAGCGGUUAGCCGAGUUCCGGGAGGCCCGCAAACGAGCAGGUUUGGUAGCCCAACCUUCCACGUCGAGCCAGAGCGUGCAGGUCUCAGGAGCGAAGGCUGAGCCAGCGGCGGCGACCCCAAAGACAGCCACGGGCUGGCUGAGACGCUUCUUGAGGUGGAAAGCAGGCCCACUCACGGCGCAGGCUCAGCCCAACCAGCCUCAGGAAGCAGUCCAGCAGCCCUCCCAGAACACAGCGGUCCCCCUGCCUUCCUCCUGCGGCCAGUCUUUCCUGACAAACGUCACCGUCCUGAAGGUUCUCCUCUGGUUGGUCCUGCUGGGUCUGUUUGUGGAGCUGGAGUUUGGCCUGGCUUAUUUUGUCCUGUCUAUGUUCUAUUGGAUGUACGUAGGGACUCGGGGUCCCGGGGAGAAGAAAGAAGGGGAGAAGAGCGCCUACUCCGUGUUCAACCCGGGCUGCGAAGCCAUCCAGGGCACCCUGACAGCUGAGCAGCUGGAGCGGGAGUUGCAGCUCAGACCCCCACAGGGCAGGUAGGACCGGCCCCAGCUGGUCCUCCGGUCCUGAGCAUGGACUUUAGAGGACAAAGGACAGCUUGCAGGGUGGACACAUUCUCCACGUAUUCCUGAUCUGCUGCCGUUUCAUCUUCGAACUCCUCUUUGAUUUAGGUGAAAUUUCUAAAGGACACUCAGGGUGGGGCUGGUGCAGUAUAUAAAAGCCAUAUAAGAAGGA